AUGGGCAGCAUCGGCUUCGCCACCGCAACAACCACACAGAUGACGUCCACGGGGUCCCAACAUGAUUCCCAAUCCCAAACCCUGCCAACCUACAAAUCACCCUGGAUAAGAACACCUCUCGUCGAAUCCCGCUCCCUCUCCGCCCUUGCGGGCUGCCGCAUCCUCCUCAAGCUCGAAAACACACAGCCAAGCGGCUCCUUCAAGUCCCGCGCAAUGGGCAAUCAGAUCCUCUCACACCUGCAUAACCCCUCGAACUUUGGGAAGAGCAUCCAUUUCUUUGCGUCCUCUGGCGGAAAUGCCGGACUCGCUGCUGUCUGUGCAGCUCGCACCCUGGGCUUCCCGUGUACGGUGGUGGUUCCUGUGGGUACUAAGCCGCUUAUGGUUGACAAGUUGAGGAAGGCUGGUGCCAGGGAUGUGGUGAGGUACGGGGAGACAUUUGCGGAAGCGGGUGAGUACAUGAGGGAUGUUGUUAUGAAGAAUGGUGACAACAAUGAUGAUGAAGGGGAAGUGGUGAAGAUUGCACUCCAUCCAUUCGAUAACGAGGCGAUCUGGGAGGGGAACAGUACGCUUGUUGAUGAGUUGGUCGAGCAGGUUCCCCUUGUUGCAGGGGAUGCUGUUGAGGGAGAUGGGUAUGGGGAUAUGGCCCUUCCAGUUGAUGCAAUCGUGUGUAGUGUCGGAGGAGGUGGGCUAUUGAAUGGACUCGUCAUGGGACUUGAGCGGCGGCGGAGACAGCUGGCAAAAUCUUCAUCAAGAAAGACGGCGCAAGCAAGACCGACGCAUCUGAUUGCCGUUGAAACGCGUGGAACGGACUCUCUUGCUGCGGCAGUAGCGAAAGGUUCCCUGGUGAGUCUGCCGAAGAUCACGUCGCAGGCGACAUCGCUCGGUGCGAUCCGGGUUUCGGAAAGGACGCUCCAGUAUGCGCUACAUCCGCCGCAGGGUGUCAAAGUGCAUAGUACGGUGCUGUCUGAUGCAGACGCGGCAAGAGGCGUGCUGCGUCUUGUGGACGAGGAGCGGAUGCUGGUGGAGUUGGCUUGUGGAGUGUGUGUUGAGGCGGCAGUUGGCGAUGCUUGUCGGGCUGAGAAGACGAAGAAGAGGAAGAGGGGGUUGGAUGAAGGGUAUGGAGAUGACCGGGUGUCGGCGGGUGAGAGUGAGGGAGAUUUGUCAGAUGGAGGGGUGGCUGAGGAUCCCUUGCGGUCGCGGUUGAAGGAGCUGGUGCCGGACUUGAAACCGGAGAGCCGAGUAGUGAUAGUGGUUUGUGGAGGGAGUAAUGUCACUAUUGAUGCGGCGGUGGAAUGGAGGACGAUGCUGAACGAAGGAUGGGGGGACGAGAACUAG